GAUCGAUAUAUCCACGUAUAGUUCUCAGUGAUUGAGAGUACCUAUUGCGGUUUACCUCGAAGAGCUGGAAGAAUUUCGAAAAUUCUUGAUUGUGUCCCGUCUGUGAUCUAUAUUUUCACCGAAAGAAGAAAAAAAAAAGAAUCAACCUCCGUUAAGAAAGAAUGCUCCUCGUCUCAAAAUCAAGUGCAUAAGUUGUGAAUAAAAAAGUUGAUUGAAAAAAAACCAUUAACUUUAAUCUCUUGAAAUUGAAAUAUAGAUAAACUCGAAGAAGAAAUCGUGAAACAAUAGGGGAAGUUUGAUGGACGAGCCGGGGACGAAUCAAUAACAUUCAAAUUGAUGUUUUCAAAUGAUUCGUUGAACUCGUGAACGUAAGAGAUUUUGAUGUAUGAGAAAUAUCCUUUCGAAUGAACUCGUCGCCAAAGAUCAGUCGUUUCCGAGGUUGAACGAGAACAGAAGACUUUCUCGCGAGAUUUCGUUGGGGCGAGGAGCAUUUUGAAUCCAGAUAAUUACGUAGAGAGAAAAAAGAGAGAGAGAGAGGAAAGAGGCAGUGACAGAAGGGAAGUGGAAAAUGGCAAACGGAUACGACGAUUACUACGACGCACCCUGGCAUCUCUUCCCUCCGGAUUACGUCGAGGAGGAAUACAGAAUUUUGGAGAGCUUCAAGAUGCCCAGGAGCACAAGUUUUCACAUCCAUGACAUUCUGCAGCUUGAUUCGAAGCCGUCCCAGGAGGAAACGGAAGUGCAAGGUAGUACCACGGUGCUACCGACCACGAACGAUGUUCCGUCGACAUACCAACAGUUCUUCGAGCACACGACGGCCAUGUUACAGCCCGCGAUAUACGCGAAUCUGAACAGAGGCACCUUACCACCCCCGCCGCCACCUUUAUUGGCAUGGCCGACCGGUCCAACGUUACCGACCACGUUGCCUCAGCCUUUGGAAGAGGUGAAUGUGUUGCAGCAACCAGACUCGACCAGCCCGACCAUCUCGGAUCUGUCGUUCCCACCGAAGCAGGAGGCGAACCACGAGUGCAAAGAGGAAGAGUCGGCCGAGUUCGAGGACGAGCAGCAGGCGAACGAGAUCCAACCCCACGAGACGGAGCACAAAAAGCGGAAGAGGCGAGUGUUGUUCUCCAAGGCGCAGACGUUCGAGCUCGAGAGACGUUUCCGCCAGCAGAAAUACCUGAGCGCCCCCGAGAGGGAGCAUUUGGCCUCGAUUAUACGGCUGACCCCCACCCAGGUGAAGAUCUGGUUCCAGAAUCACAGGUACAAGACGAAGAGAGCGGCGACUGAGGCGAGCGGAAGCGGUUGUUCGCCCAGAAGGGUCGCUGUACCGUUGCUGAUCAAGGAUGGGAAACCAUGCCAGUCGAAGCUGAUGGAGCCUGCCACGUAUCCGGCCACGGGCCAGGUACCUAUGCCGCCUUACAUACAGAAACCUUAUUGGUGGUAAGAUGGACUUCGUUCGUUGAGAACGAAUGAGAAUCGUCAUCGUGGUCGAUCGAUUUGUCGAUGGCUGGGAUAUCUGGAGGAUCGAUGGAAGAGUGGCACGAAACAGUCGAAGAUGUUGUCGGACAGUGAUCGGAUUUUGGUGGACAGAAGAUGGUUGAUUAACGAUAGUUAUCGGGAGAACAAUUUGUCUUUUCAUCGGGAAGGGAAGAGAAGAAUUGUGGACGAUAUUCGUUGGAGGAAACUCUUAUCCGACUAUUCUGGCCAAAUUGGUAUAUCAUACGCGACAGAAAUUGUGGAAGAGAUGUUGAAGAUUGAUCUUCGUCGAUUAUCGAUACUUGAAAUAUCUGAGAUUGUUGGAGAAGGAAUAAGA